AUAUUUUUUAUGAUCUAAUAGUGAAGACAAUAAAACUGUUUCGUAUUUAUAACUGUUAGGAAUGUGAUAAACGGAUUAAUUAAUUCAAAAUGCAAGUGUUCAUUGUUCUUUUUUGUUUUGUUCUCUUGAAAUUUAAUGGCAGCUUUGCUUGCUCUAUGGAAAACAUCACUAACUGGUUAUUACCAGUUACCACAAACAUCUACGAUACGGAAAGAGAUGUUUUCUUUCGAAGAUCUACAACUAACAUAGAAGGUAUAAAUUCCGUAACGAACAGCGAAGGUUUAAAUGGAGGUCCGUAUUUAACGGUUUCAUAUAGUAACUCCGAAUUCACCAUCGCCCCCAAUACUCAGUUUGAAAAUUAUGAAGAAAACGAAACGGAACACUCGAUUGGAAUUACUGUAAAUUUUAGAUGCAGUGGUGGUUCCAGUAAUACUUUAAUUUUCAUAAUAAAUAUUAUAGACACAAAUAACAACGCACCGCAGUUCAGACCAAGUGAUAACUAUCAUUAUAAAGUUGCACCGCCGCUUCCGCCUGGAUUUCUGAUUACCGAUUGCGUCAGUAAUUUAAUCGUGCGGGAUAUCGAUCUGACAACUCAAAGAAUCGAUUUUGAAAUCGAAGAAAAUCCAUUUUUCGAAAUCGUUUCCGACACAUCUACAACGCCUAAAGAAUUUAAAGCUACUUUACGGACUACGACAUUUAUAAGAAGAAUUUCAGAACCAAUUGUUUUAUGGAUAAAAGCAACGGAUGUUGAUCUCACCGGUGAUCCCCCGAUUACGAGCAACGCCACAGUACAUAUAGAGGCUGACACAGAAUUUGAAUUUCCCGACGAACUCAUAUUUUCACAAACAUUUUAUAUAGCUACUUAUACCAUUGAGGGAAAUAUUCUUCUAGAUAGUGAAAUAUAUCUGCAACAAGGCUAUGACGCAAGUGUAUCUUUUACUCUGGAAGGAGAUAACAAAGAUCUCUUUGAUAUUAAUGUGAACGAAAAUCGAAUUACUUUAAGAGCUGUUUCACAACUACCUACGGAUUUGUUGACGAGUCAAAUUUAUUUAAUCUUAAAAGCUAGUCGCGAGCACACGAGUGGUGCAACUGCAACAAUUGUAGUAAAUUUACCCGAAGGACCAAACUUAAGGUUUGAAGAUGCUUACUACACAGGAUCGAUUGUGGAUAAUUCUCUCAGAAUUCAAGAUUUAGUUUUAAAAGAAAAUUCAGAUUACCCAGUGCAGUUAAAUAUUUACAGUGAAUUUAGUCAAUAUUUUACUGCUAGUGUACAAAAUAAUAAUGUAAUAUUGCGUAUGGAUCAACUUAAUGAUGAAAUUAUAAAAAAUAAUAACAUAUUGACUUUACAAAUUGUUGCUAUUGCUAACAACAGAACAGCGGCUACUGUUGUAAUUUUGGAAAUUGUUAAAGAUGAUCUUACUACACCAAUUUUCGAAAAAAACAUAUAUAACGCUACUUACGAUCCUAUUCUUGGAGUGACAGCAGAAAAUAUUACAUUUAUUCAAGGUUUUGAUGAAACUGUGACAUUGUCUCUCGAGGGAGAUUUUAAAAACUAUUUUCAAAUAAAACAAGAUGGCAACAUAUUUAACAUUAUCACGACAGGCUUGCCCUCUCAUGUUUUAAAUGAACAACGUUUGUUACUUACUAUAAUUGCCACGAAGCCAAGAACAGUCGGAGCACAGGCGGUUCUUUAUAUUGCAUUGCCUCAAGCUAGAGCAUUGGCUUUUAAAUCUCUUACUUACAGCGGAUUUUUAUUAAAUAAUAGUGUUAUACUGGAGUCAAUAGAAUUAUAUACCGGCUACGAUGAAGACGUUGCCUUUGAUCUUUCGGGAGAUUAUGCAAAAUACUUUAUUCAAUCAAAUGAAAGAAACCUAAUAACAUUAAGUGUAUCAGAUCAAAUACCAGAAAGUGUAAUUUCUGAUAUCAAUAUUGUAAUACUUAUACUUACCGCAGAGGGUAAUAAUACUGAAAUAGCAAGAACAACUGUUAUACUAGAAAUUAUAAAACAAGAUACUACAACACCAAUGUUUAAUAAAAACAUUUAUCAUGGUACUUACUUGGACGCUGCAACAAUGAGCAUAGAAAAUAUAUUUUUAACACAAGGCUACGAUGAAAAUGUAGUAUUCCGUUUAUCUGGGGAUAAUGCACAAUAUUUCGCUAUAUCUUACAAUGGAAACAACAAUAUUUCUGUAUCGUUAGAUACUAUAAUACCUGAAGAAUUAAUUUUCAACGAAAAGGUUUUAUUAUUUAAUAUAUUAGCCGAGAAGAAUUUUUCUGUAGGCGCUAACGCUGCAAUAUCAGUAAAUUUUCCCAAAGAACUAACGGAACCAGUUAUAAUGAGAUUUUCCAAAAACAGUUAUACUGGAAAUAUUACGAAUGAAAUGCUUACAAUUGAAACUAUUGUACUGGAUGAAGGAUUUCAGCCUCAAACAGAGUUUUUAUUAAAUGGAGAUCAUGCAUCUUUAUUUAAUGUAACAAACGAUGGAAAUAUUGUAACGGUACAACAAAAUGAAAAAUUACCCGAAGAGAUUUUUGAGAAUAAAAAAAUUAUUAUAUUGAAUAUCGAGGCAAUCCGUCCAAGAACAAUAAAGGCUCAUGCAACAAUAGUAAUAGAAAUUAUAAGUCAAAUAGAACCAACCAUAAUAAUUCCAGUAUUUGAACAAGCUUACUAUUAUGGACAAUAUUCUGUUGAAGAUAAAUUACAAUUCAAUCAAACCAUACAACUCAGAGAAGGGUAUAAUGAAAAUAUUAUAUUUGAACUUGAAGGAGAUAGUUCCGUAUGGUUUUCACUUACGCCUUUGGAUGACGGAGUUAUUUUAACACUACAAAGUUCCAUACCAUCAGAAGUAUUAGCAAAUAAUCAACAGUUCAUCUUUAUCGUUACUGCAACUGUAUUCAACAGUACGAUUUCCGCUCGAUCUACGAUUGUUAUUGCAGUUAUAAAUGAUGUUGAAGAAAUAGUUAUCCUCGACUUUAAUAAACCAAACUUCUUCGGCACUAUCGACAACAAUACGCUUGAUAUGGAAUUAAUCUCGUUGGUCCAAGGAUUUUCGCCCGAUGUAGUGUUUACUCUUCAAGGAGAGUUGGCAUCGUUUUUCUAUAAAGUAAUAAACGAAUCAACAGUUAAAAUCCAAUUAAAGGAUAUGAUUCCUGAUAGUGUUGUUCCUAAUAAUAGAAUAAUUAUAUUAGAAUUGGUGGCAACUGCACCGAAAGCAGUUCCUGCUUACGUCACAAUAGUCAUUGAAGUUGUAAGGCAUGAAAUUCCUUCAUUAAACGAUUUGCUUAAAUUCGCCGAAGCUUAUUAUAUUGGAGCGUACGACUUAACCGAUGGUCUUUAUUUUAAUUAUAAUAUAACGCUGGCAGAAGGUAAUGAUGAAACUGUCGAAUUCACGCUGGUUGGUGAGAAUUCUUUAUGGUUUGGAGUAGUACCAACUGAAAGUGGAGUAACUAUAUCAUUAACUAGUCCUAUUCCCGUCGAUGUAAUAAAUAACAAUCGGCAGCUAAUCUUUGAAAUCUCUGCGAGUAAACCUAGCAGUUCAGUUACUGCCACAUCUGUGAUAAUCAUAACCAUCAUCAACGAACUAAAUACUACACAAAUUCUCAGCUUCGAAAAAAACAAUUACUUGGGUACAAUAGAUAAUGUAACUGUUCAUUUGGAACCUAUAAUCCUUGUAGAAGGAUUUACUACUGACGUACAAUUUUUACUAAAUGGGGAACUGGCGAACUUAUUCACAAAGAGAAUAGAUGGAGCGAUGGUGUAUAUUUUACUUGAAGAUACAAUGCCUGAAGAAAUUUUAUCAGGAAAUAGAGUAAUUGUCUUAGAGUUAGAAGCAAAAGCAUCAGAAGCAUUACCAAGUUACACCACAAUUGUGCUCGAAGUUAUUCAACAAAAUCAUUUACCUGUACACGUGUUAAAAUUUAAAGAACCGUAUUACACUGGGCGAUACAAAGAAAAUGAUGUAUUUGAGUUCGACCAAGCUAUUGCUCUUACUGACGGAAGUAGUAAUGGUGUUGAAUAUUCAUUGGAAGGAGACAAUGCAAUUUGGUUUUCACUAGAAGAAGUUGAAGAUGGACUAUUAGUUAUUCUGUCCACUCCCAUACCACAGAAUAUACAAUCUGAAAAUCUGUUCCUCGUUUUCAUCAUAACCGCUACAAAACCGGAAAGUGUUACCGCUAGAUCUACUAUUGUAAUUUCUCUGCCGAACGCUUCACAUGAUAACAAUAUUUAUUUCAACAAGUUACUGUACAGAGGUGUCAUAAGUGACAAUGUUAUAUCACAUGAAAACAUUCUAGUUUCUGGGUACAAUGGGACUGAUAUUGAAAUUUUUGGAGAUAUUGUCGAUGAUACAGAUUUAUUUACUGUACAAAUAAAUCAAGGAGUUGUGACAGUUGAGUUAAGAGAUACAACAGCAGUAGGUGUGGACAAUACUUACGUGAUACUAGAAAUUCGUGUGCCCGGUGCAGGAUGUGUACUUCAACUAGAUGUCAUCGCUCAAGAGAUUCCAGCUCUGCCUACAGUAAGGUUUAGCUCCGAGUCGUACGUCAUACAAGUGGACAUUUCCCAGACGGGUCUGAUCGGACAAGUAUCUGCGACUGCGGAUAAUGGAGAAUCCAUUACUUACUCCCUAUUCUUUUACAAUGAACAAUUGAAAGAAAGACUGUCAAUAAACAGCAAUGGACAACUGCACCUUAAAGCUUCUGUUAGUAGCGGAGUGUACACGUGCAGAGUUGUAGCUACCACAGACAUCACACAAAUCAAUGGAACAGCCACGAUUAUAUUGGUAGUGGAAUCAGGUGAAGAAAUCGGUCUACCGCCUCUAAUAAUUAUAGAAAAAGACGAAGAGUCGCCUUACAAUAAUCUCGUUACAUUAAAUACAUCUCAAGACUGUCGAUAUGAGAUGACAAACCGUUGGCCAAUCGAUCAGACAUGGCUGUACGUCGAUGACAACGGACUACACACGAAUGCCAUAGAUAGAGAGCAUAAAUCUAUUGCGUUUAUGGCUCUAUCUCAAAUACAAGUUGAACUAACCUUACAGUGUGAUUAUGACGUAUUGACAGUCAGAAGUAAUCGCUCAUUUAACAAUAUUCCUAUGACGAAGUCUUUGGGACCUUACGACUACGGUACCUAUAGAUGGGUUCUAACAGACCCCAUUUUGUAUGACCCAAGAAGCAGCUUUGUCAAUCUAAUUGUUAAUGAUAUCAAUGACAACGAUCCUAUAUUUGAAUUGAAGGAAAAUGAACCAAUAGCAGUUGGAUAUCCACUACCUGAAUUAGAAGAGAUAGUCCCCCCAAGAGCUUUAGUGGAAUUAACGGCGACUGACGCCGACAUAGGGGAGAAUGCAGCCCUGGUAUAUUGGAGUUCGGAGCCCGCGCUGGCUGUGUCACCCACAACAGGCCGUGUGCACGUCAGUAACAGCUCGCUGCUGCAGCACGGCGCCAUCCUCAGGGUAUCUGCCACAGACCGCAACGGAGUAGACGGACGCACUGGACAUAUUGACCUCAUGGUACGAUUGUUGGAUGUCCAUCAAAUAGCUGUCGUAACAGUUCAAGGUGCAUUCUUGGAAGAUGAAAAAAACGUUUUAACAAACUUAACAAAUGCGCUCGGAUAUGAUGUUAAAGCUCUAAGAAGUGUCAUUUUGCCUAUGGAUUCUGAUACUAAUGAAAAUACAAGUAGAAGGGAAAGAGCUGCUGUAGUCAGCACUGGAGCAUUUUUACGUCUGUUUAUUUAUGGAUUAAUAAACCGUGAACCUGUAGAAGUAUCUCGACUUACUUCUGACAUUAACAGUAUUGUUAUGGGUAACAUAGCUAGUACUGUAUCACUGGAAGAUCAUCUAGAAAGUCGUGAGAUAUGCUCACUCCCGGCACGUGAUACGAGCUUGUUAGCGGCGACAAUAGCACUCAGUAUUCUACUUUUCAUCAUAAUUGUGAUAUCUGGGGUGUGGUUUUUCCUAAAAUGGAGAAAUAAGCACAAUUAUAACAAUUUUAGCGACCAAAAUAGUUUGGCGUCGAGAGAUCAAAUUCCACCAACGGUAAAGAUUGAAGAACCAGCAAAAUCCAGAAUGAAUAUAGAGGAAUUAAAGAGGAGCGAAAGGAGAUUACAAGAUAUACUGGAUGCGCCAAAAACAUCGACACAAAAUGACAACCAGACAGAAACUGUUGUUGAUGUACCGACACCAGAUCAAAGAAUGCCGAUUGUCAUACAAUCAAUCGAUAAGCUGAAGGACGCUGCUGAAACAUCAGAUGACGAAGAUGAGUUUGGAGAAACCCAGAAAGCGAGAAGAAAGUCAGUUGUAACCUUUAAUGAGAACGUUGAGAAAAUUAUUCACUUAGAGGACACUCCAAGCGACGCUGACUACGAAGUCUAUAAAUUUUAAUCAUU